AUGAAAUAAUAAUGGAAUGAUAUUAACGAAGAUGUUAACAUGAUUACUAUACUAAAAUCAAAAUUUAAACAGACCAGUCCUACUCAAAUCUGUAUUGACAUUUAAUACUAAUGAGAUUACUAGUCCUACGAUCAUGAAGGAUUGUUGCUUAAAGACAAGAUAGUCUACAAAGGAAUACUUCGGAAUUACACUUUUGUCUUAUAACGAAAAGACAAGAGUGAAUUCAUACUAGACUUUAAUCAAUACCCUAUUUGUAUUUCUUAUACUGAUAUUUUAGAAUUAUCCAUACUUUCCAAUGAUGUCUUUUAAUUAUCGGUUUUAAGUUAUUAGUUUUAGUUCCAAUCUCUCACAAAUAGCAAACAAUGGAUUCUCUCACUCAACUACUAUAUUAACACAUCCAAACCUUACUGUUUUCAAACCCCUUAGCCUAAUUUCUUCCUUUAGCAUACAAUCCCCUUUGAUAUUUUUGAAAAGAGAGCUGAGUCCUUGGAUUUACUGCUUUUUAAAAAUAAAUCUAUUGCUUGCUAGCUCUAAAGAUUGAUAACCAAUAGUGAAUAUGGUAAACACCAAUAAAAUUAUUUAGAUCAUGUUGCUCUACUUUUAAGAAAUAAUAAAAAUGUUCUUCAUGUAUUUGAAGCCAAUAGCGACGACGGUGUUUGCAUAUACACUUGGGAUGCUCUGAUGUAGAGUAAUUUUAAAGAUUACGUAACACAAAUUAGUUUUAGAUAAUUAUACACUAAAAGGGAUAUGACAUUGCUCUUAAAAUUGUAGGAUUUCGUUUAUAAGAAUCAUGGCAAAAAAUAUUCAGCCAACAUAAUGAAGCUUUGUAAGAAAAGAUCAAUUACAGGAGUAGAGAAGGAAAACUAUUUUUGCUCAGAAUUAAUCGCUGCUUGUUAUAAACAUAUAGGAAUUAUGGAAAACGAUAUAUCAUCAUGUUAAUUUUGGCCCAGUAUUUACUGUAUUUAAUUAAUUAGAGGACUUUGCAGGCAAUAUAAAAUUAACCAACGCUUAAUUAAGUCACGAGAUUAUUAUUUUUUAAUGA